UGUUAAAAUGACAGUAAUGAUUUUUGAACUCGAUUCAAAUUUUAUUUUUCUUUUAAAUAUUUUAGCUACCUAGUUAUAAAUAAAAUUAAUAUGUUGAAUUACUACGCACACUAAGUUGGUGUUAUAAAAACCUUUGAAUAUUGUAAAGGGUAUUAUAUAAAACUAAUAUUACUUUCGCCAGGUAAGAUGACGUUACUAUUGAAAAGUAUGUGGAGGAACGUCCUGAGGAACAGGCCUCUCAGCAAUUCUACAAUACGAUCAAGUCUCUCCUCUAGCAUAUCAGAGCUAACAAUAACCAGACCAACGGAUGUUCUGAUGAACAGCAUCAAGUCAGCGCCCAGCACUGCGGAGGUGUUAGCGGCCGUGCAAAAUAACUUGGGCUCCUUGACGCACAGGCACAUGCUGCAAGCUCUACGCACAUUGUUUGAGCUGCAGAGGUCUAGCAGGAAUGAUCCAGAAGCUCUCAUAAAGGACCCGGGUUUCAGUCUUCUAUGUCAAAACUUCAAAAAACAUGUUCGCUCGCUAGAAGUCGGCGAAACGAUUGAGGCUUUAAAAGUGCUCUCUUACCUCCGCGUCCCCGUUGACUCACUAAUCGUACAAACUCUCUUACAAUUAGUUCGGUACAACAUCAACAUGCUUAACAUCCGACAAAUUAUGUUCCUAGACUUUCUUUUGUCGCGUUUCGACACCAAGAAUCAUUUAGUUGAUGCCCUCAAACUAGCAUUACCUCUCGCUUUCCAAAUACACCUUCCUUUGGAGCUGGACCACGAUGAUCUUCCUCUGUUACGAGACAUGCUCAUGUACGCGUGUUCGCACGACUUACCUGAUAGAUGCAUCAACAAUAUUGUCACGGGACUGCUUCUGCACGAUCAGGCGAUCGAUGCCCAAAUAGCUAGGUCGAUCAUAUGGUCACUAUGUGACGUAAAUUGUACGGAAAAGGCCUUCCCGACUAGGGUCCAGCUGCUCCACAUUUGCUGUGACAUUUUAACGAAGCGGAUCAAUAAUUUAUCGUAUGAAGACGUUCUGAGAACUGCGGCGAGAUUGAAGGGCAGAAUUCUCGAGAAACACCCGGAAUAUUAUCACCAAGAGCUGAUGGAUGCGAUCGCUGGAUAUGUGAUCAAUAAUAACGUGCCGUUUGAAAAGGGGCUGCUUGUGGCUAGGGUGCUGUCUAGGAUCGCGCACACGCAUCUAGGACUCAUCCAGUACCUGUGCGAGGAAGCUGCGUCCAACCCAGAGACGUUAUCAAACGCGCGCACAAACAUCCUCUUCGGCUUCAUUAACUGCCUUUCAAAUAACAAUUUCACGCCAGAAGGGACUCUAUGGGAUGAAAUACGCAAACAAAUAUCCCAGAAUCCUAUCCUCAACGCGAAUACUACAGCAUUACCGUGGACAAAAGUGUGUCUAGAGCUUGCAUCUUUGGGCUAUUACGAUGACAAAUUACUAAGCAAAGUGUUCUCAGAGGAUUUCAUUGCGAAGUAUUUGUCGAGGGAGAACAACAACUUGGAUUACCUGCAGCUACUGACUCUCCAUGAGGCAGUGAGAGCGUUCCACAGCGAUGAAUAUAGCUUGCCGAGUGAUGUGCUGGAAAAAGCAAAGAAUUCUUACCCCGUGCAUGCGAUAAAUGAAGAGUUGGAGAAAUACCUGGUGAAAGGAUUGGGAGGGCAGGAGUAUGUUGUGAGGAAUGUGAUGUUACCUAGCGGUAUUAUUGCUGAUGUAGUUAUAUGCUUGAAGAAUGGCUGCCCUGUAAAACUACCCGCACUAAGUAGCAAUUUUAAAGUUCCAUUAGAAAACCUCAACAUACCACCAGGAGCUAUUACGUUAUGCAUCAUGAACUUCAACUACGGCUGUUUCUCAAUGAACAGCAAUCGACUGCGCGGCCCGUUCCGUCUCGUAGUUGAUAUUUUAGAGAAACAAGGCUAUAUUACAGUCGCGUUCAAUGUUAAUGAAUGGAUGAACGCACCGAUGCACGAACGCAUCCCAUACAUAAUGAGAGAAAUAAACUAUAGAUGCGGGGAAAUCGGCAUGAAACUGUCAGCCACUUGAAAAUGUAAUUGACAUACCUUUUUGGGGAAAUAUUUAAAUUUUAGUGAAGAACUGUUGAUUGAAUUAAGUUUUAUAGUUGUUUUUAGAUUGAGUAAAAUGUUGAAGUGGA